GAUGUCGUUAGUGUCACGUAAACAAAAGUAGAAAUUAACUCCUCCGGUGUUGAAAUCUUUCAUUUGCUAUCAUUAAGUAGUUAUUAGUUAGUGUUCAUUUGGUUAUAUCGUUAGUUAAUCUGAUCUUUAGUGAUGUUCUUCGCAGUUUUUGAAAUUGCUUUGUAAUUAAUACAAUGAAACAAUUUGAAAUAUUACAUUAUUGUGCUAGUGAAAUUCUACAUCUUAACUAACAUUAUUAUAGAUUUUUUAUUUUGCUGUCAUUAUGGAAGAUGAAUUACAUUGUGUUGUUUGUAAACAACUCUUUAACAACCCUGUUCUUUUACCUUGCUAUCAUGCGUUAUGUUUGAACUGUGCUAUGCAUAUUCAACGUCCUAUCGAAUCAUCAGUCAAUCAAGAAAAUAGUGGAAACUCGACUAGUAGUAGCAUAGAGUCGCAUUCGUCAGACUACCAUCCUGAAUCAGAUAAAUUAUCCAUUCUUAGUGAGACUGAUAGUGGUGUUGUUUGUAAUAGUCGACCCAAUAGUUAUGUGGGUACGCCUAAUAUCAAUGGUACUGUGUUUCCACCAGUUACAACUAGUUCAUACUCGUUAACAUGUCCUAUCUGUAGAAAAAUUGUGUACUUUGACGAUAAUGGUGCUCUUAAUCUGCCUAAGUACAAAACUAUGCGAAAUAUUGUUGAUCGGUAUGGAGAUUUAAAAAAUAUUGCGCCUAAAUGUCAAUUAUGUGAACACGAUCCUGCUGCUGAUGCUACUGUACUGUGUGAACAAUGUGAAGUUUUGUAUUGUGAUGUAUGUCGAGAGAGUUGUCAUCCAUCCAGAGGACCUUUAGUUAAACAUAAUUUGUUAAUACCAUCAGUUGGAAAAGUUGCAUUAAGGAAUAAAAUUAAUAGUAGAGAUAUGGUGUGUAUUGAUCAUGAAGAAGAGUGUUUAUCUAUGUACUGUAUGGUUUGCAAAAUACCAGUAUGUGCUGUAUGCAUGCAUGAUUCAAGGCAUACGAGCCAUGAUGUACAAGCCAUAAAUUCCAUGUGUAAAGCCCAAAAGACGGAAUUAUCUCAAAACCUUCAACAACUUUCUGAAAAAGCUCGUACAUCCACCGAAUUCAUUCAAAGAUUAAAACAGAUGUCAGAUAAACUAAAUGGCGAAUGUGAAAUUCUUGAAAGACAAGUAGAUGCUCGUUGUGAUGCCUUAAUAAGAUCUAUUGAAAGACGAAGACAGUGGCUAAUUGAUACAGUUAGGCAAGAUAAAGAAAUUAAACAAAUGUCAUUAAAGGAACAUGUGGCCCGUUGUACUGGAAAAUUGCAGAAAACCACAUCCCUUUUGCAAUUUUGUAUUGAAGCUCUUAAAGAAAAUGAUCCGGUUUCAUUUUUACAGGUUGGUUCAAUGCUGAUUGGUAGAGUUUCAAAUACUGACAUGACUUGGCACAAAGAUGUAUUACCAUCCCCCCGAUCAUAUCAUCAGCUAGAUUUGACCCUUGAUGAUAAUGCGGUCUUAAAAGCUAUUGAAAGUUUAAACUUUAUUCAAAUGAAAACUUUUGGGAAUGGUGGAGGAGACAUAAAAAGAUCAGCUCCUAAUGCUCCAGUUGUCAUCACUGAAGAAUGUAGUGCUGAAAACAAUAGUGUCACAAUUGCCUGGCAACCUCCAGCUUCAUCAUUUGUUGAAGGCUAUAUUUUAGAAUUGGAUGAUGGAAAUAAUGGAGAUUUCAGAGAAGUUUACUGUGGUGGAGAAACAAUUUGUACAGUUGAUGGUUUACAUUUUAACUGUACUUACAAUGCUCGUGUCAAAGCAUUCAAUAGUGCUGGUGAGGGUGAAUACAGUGAAAUUAUAGGAUUACAAACUUCUGAAGUGGCUUGGUUUAAUUUUGAUCCAUGCUUGAGUUCUCCUGAAUUAUGUUUCACUCCUGAUAAUUGUACAGUGACUUGUGAGGGUUUUGAACAUCGUGUUGCUCUUGGUAGUGUUGGUUUUUCUAGAGGAGUUCAUUAUUGGGAAUUUACAAUUGAUCGUUUUGAUGCUGAUACUGAUCCUAGUUUUGGUGUGGCUAGAUUGGAUGUUUCUAAAGAAGAAAUGCUUGGUAAAGACGAAUUUGGUUGGAGUAUGUAUAUAGAUAAACAAAGAUCAUGGUUCAUGCAUUGUAAUAGUCAUGAUCAACGUUGUGAUGGAGGGAUUCAAGUUGGUUCAACCAUUGGAAUUUUAUUAGAUUUGAAUAAACAUCAGCUUUCAUUCUAUGUGAAUGAUGAACCACAAGGAUCAGUAGCAUUUUGUGAACUUUAUGGUGUAUUUUAUCCUGCAGUUAGCGUAAACAGAGGCGUUGCUGUCACUUUACACACAGCUCUUGAUGCGCCUAUUGAUUUAGAAGACUGUUAAAAAUUUCAUAUUCUCGUUUUAGUACUUAAAAAUAAAUAAAAUCAUAAAGUGUUUUGUAAUAAAAAAUCAUUUAUUCCAGUGAUAAUUUUUACAUAUAUUUUUAUAUCACAGGGUAGGAAAAUAUAACAUAAAUUACACACAUUUUCCUUCCAAAUUCUUUCUUAAAAUGAUUUUUCCUUAUUAUAUACUAGAUAACUAUUAAAAUGAUUGUUAAAUCAUUCGUAAUUGUAAUCAUAUUGUUAAUUAAUAAUAUUUAUAUCCAUUAAAACAAUGUUUAUAAUCAAUAUAUUUAAUCAAAUAAGUGUAUGCAAGAUCUUAUACUCUAUAAUGAAUUUUUUUUUCCAUUGAUUAUUAAAUCUUAUAGAAAUAUGACCCCUAGUCUAAAACUUUAAUUAAGUUAAUAUAGCAACACAAUUUUGUUUUUUUUUUUUAUAACUACUAUUAGAUAUUUAAAUUUAUAUUAACUUAAUUGUUUCAAUAAUUGAAAUAUUUGGCAUUAUAAAAAAUUUUAUACAUAUAUUCCAUUUCUGAUAUUGAUAUUACUAUUGAAUUAAUAUUGAUUUAAAAAGUUAUAGAAAUGUCUUAUAUAUGAAAAAUUUUAUUUGAAUUUUUAUAUUUGUUAAACUAUUAGGAUUAAAAAUAUUAAUUUUUGUACAUCUAGUCAACUGGUAUUUUUGAAUUUUACAAUAUAUUAUAAUUAAUAAUAAAUUUGAUAAUUUUAAGACUGAACGAGCACAAAUUAAUAUAGUUUACAUAAUGUCUAAUCUUUUGAUAUAGUUUCAUUAUAUUUCAUUUUAAAACUGUAAGCAAAACAUAAUAAACCUAAUUAUAUUGUAAAAUCUCGGAUGAUUUAAGUUUUCUUUUUUAUGUAUGACUUAAAAAAUUACUUUUUAAAGUUUAUUUUAUUUUUAUUUGUGUCUUUUAAACAACUAAUUUAACUAUUGCAAUGCCACAAGAACUGUAUUUAUUAUCUCUUUAAUUUAUUUAAUUUCUUAAAGAUUUUGUAUUAUAUUUGUAUAUUUCCUUAAGAUAUAAUAAGAAAUAGAAAUUAUUUUCUAUGUGUUCAUAUGUAAAAAUUGAUUAAGUCACAUUUAUUAAAUCUUUUAUAAAAUUGUUAUUUGUAU